UCGCGUGGAACACGGUGUUCCCGAUCGCGAGUUGCAGGGUGGAUCAGACAGUGGAGUGACUGGACGAUAUCGACGUCGACGAAGAUUGGAGGAUCCCUCUGAUCCCUCUGAUUCACUCGGCGCUACUCCAUACUCCAUCGAUUUGCCGGGGUCAGGCCAGCGGCUAACUCAGCCUAAGCCCUCCAAGCCCGGCGCGCUUACCCCGAUCGGUCGGUUUGCGCCUGCCGUCUGGAAAUUGCGUUUCCUUCAGCGAAGCAUGCCGAAAGUGACGGGAGUGCUUAUACCCAAUGGAAGCCUGCCGCAAUCCUGCCCGUUUCCUCUCGGCUUCGGCUCAGAUCUGCCUCAUCGCUACAACCACAUACCGCUGGCCGUCGGACUCUUCACGCGCAAACACAUUCCUUCUCAGUCGCAAUCCCUCGGAGCAUUUGCUUUGAAUCACAGUCUUUCCAGACAACACGCGCUCAACCGUCCGUCGAUCACCCACACUCGUUCUCCAAGCGCAUCCUAGCGACGCCGCACGACAACAACCGAAUCGCUCGACCUCACACGCGACACCUUCGGCAUCACUGUCUGCUCGAAUCGACCUCGCCGUUGUUACCCAUCGAUCGUUGAAUUGAUCAAUCAACCGACGCCUUCUACAACAUCGCCAUCCGAUCCGACACUAUGCGGUUCUUCGACCUCUCCGCAACGGCACUCGCCGCAGCUGCCAUGCUCUCCGGAGUCUCCGCCGACGCACCUCCCAGCUACGUUGCAACAACACUCGAUGUAGAACCAAUCGUUUCCGGUUCUGCUACCGCGACCACCACCUACUACGUGACCCGCACCGUCCUCCGCGUCGUCACGACCGUGACCGCAACCAGCAAUGGCACCUCCUCGGCCUACACAACGAUCGAGGCCUCCACCGAAGCAGUGGCCACCGUCGAGCCAUCUUCCACCGUCGAGCCAUCUUCCACCGUCGAGCCAUCUUCCACCGUCGAGCCAUCUUCUACCGUCAAGCCAUCUUCUACCGUCGAGCCAUCUCCAUCUCAUUACCCCGGCCUCAACACCACCAUCGUCUACGGCUCCGGCACCGGAUCUGGCGGCAUGCCCAUCGCGACAUACGUCCCGCCGCCUCCAUCCACCGGUGCGGCCGGCAAGCUCGAAGCCUUCAGCUUCGCCGCCGUCCUCGGCCUCGUCGCACUGGUCCUGUAAACCUCGUUCAAUUCCUCCGCGACAUCUUUCAAUAUACACGACAAUGACCUGCAGCUGGAGAGUGCUGGGUUACAUUCUUCAAACCUUCUUCGAGAGAACGACGCGUUUCACGACUUUAUGGCUGAAUGGCAGCGACAACCUUCUUCUACCGACCCCCCCCUUUGGUGCUCUCUUUUCUUCUUCGUUAUUCUCGGGAACCACUUUGGGACCCGGAACUUUUGGUCGCCGGUAAUGGAUGGGUUGGGGUGUCGGGUCGCGAACACUCCGGUCUGUGACUGUUGAGCAUGGCUUUAUCCACCCAGAUGCCGCCCGUCCGAAGUCGUGCGCGGAGAGAGAGACACUUUUUUCGAUUCUUGUGGAUAGCAGUUUUAAGAUGUGAUCUGUGUGCCCGCUGCUGUUGCGGUGGGCAUUUGAAUGGACUGAUAGCUCGACG